CAACCACGGCAUGCCGGAGAGCUUACGGACGGCCAUGAUUGAAGCGUUUGCAGAGUUCUUCGAUCUAACAACAGAGGAGAAACAAGUUUAUAAUAUAAAGAACGUCUUUGACAGGGUGAGUCAUGGAACAAGUUAUAGCUUGACGAUGAAGGAAGAGCGAUAUUGGAGAGAUUUUCUCAGGAUCCAUCUCCACCCGGAGUUCAACUCCCCAGCCAAACCUUCUGGUUUCAGAAAAAUAUCUGAAGAGUUUUGUCGGCAGAGCAGAGAGAUCUUGAGUGAAUUGCUGAGAGCGAUAUGGCAAAGCCUGGAGCUGGAAGUAAGUUUCAUGGAAGAGUCUUUAGGGCUGAAAUCAAGCAACCAAAUUCUGGUAGGAAAUCUGUAUCCUCCAUGCCCACAGCCAGAGCUGGUCUUGGGGAUGCCUCCUCACUCUGAUCCCUGCCUACUCACUCUUCUCAUGCAAAACAACGCCUUCCAUGGCCUCCAAGUGCUUCACAAUGGAAGAUGGGUUGUAACACAGCUCGUCACUGACUCGCUCCUCAUUCUAACAGGAGAUUUUCUGGAGAUUGUUAGCAACGGCAGGUAUAAGAGCAUAUGUCAUAGGGUCAUGGUUAGCAAUGAAAGCACAAGGAUUUCAGUCGGGACUUCACUGUCGCCACCUUUAGAAAAUAUUAUUGCUCCUGCGCCCGGACUGGUUGAAGGUUCCAAUAGCCCUGCCGUAUUUCCUGGCUUCACGUUUAAAGAGUUCGUCGCAUUAAAAUGCCAGAACAUAUCGAAGAGUUCUGUUAUGGAUCUUAUCAAAAACAUGUGAUGCACGUUUAAUUUUUGUGAAAUAGAGUGUAAGGGUGAA